AUGCAGUUUCGAGCAAACAAAUAUGAAAUUCGCUUCAAAAUUAUGUAAUCAGACUUGCGUGGAUGCUAACCUAAGGCGUUGGAACAGCAAACGAGGACUGAUGCCUUCUGACUGCACAGUUGAAAUAUUUAUAGCGGAAGACAGCGGAAACCCUUUUGCAUUGUGUGACAGUUUCAAAUUUGUGGGCGAAACGAAAAAUGACGUCUUUAUGAUGACUUUAAUAUUUUUUUGAAAUUAUUUACUGCAAAAAUUUAAAAGUCAUUUUCCAUUUAAGUUUAAAGAAAUUGGAAUUGAACUCUGUAAUGGUCAGCGCCUGCAAGAAAACGUCAAAGUCAAUCCAUCAUGCAACGCAGCGCAGAGAUUCUAUCUGCUAUCGGCUUAAACGAGUAUUAUGCACGUUGAGUUCCAGUAUUUAUAAUAAAAAUGCCAAUGAAGUAGCCAUAAAAAUGUUUUAUGUAUGCGAAAUUCCAAUAUCAAAUACAGGUCUAAUUAAACUUAUUUAGCGUUUAUAAAACCCGAGAGAUCAAGCACGUUUAUCGAUUGCCAUAAACUUGCGAUCGAUUAUGGGAUAACUCAAUUUUGUUUUUGCUAAUGGCAAUACUGCCAAAUUCAAACCCAGAACAGCUGUUUGCAAUUUGUUUACUUGGAAAACCGGCAUUUAAUAGCGCUUUUUGUAUUUUUUGCUUAUAAUUUAUACAAUAAAAACAUUAAUUCAGCUAAAUAAACAUGAGGGAUCUGAAAUUGAAAAUAAUGUAUAACAAUGUGAUUUCACAAGCGAUAUCGGAGUCUGGACGAUUUUUGUUCGCCGGCAAUCGGUUCGGUGAUAUAUUUGUACAGGAUCUUCAUGAUCUCGAGAAAACUGACACGCCACGCACAAAACUUCGUGUAUUUCCACAACCUAACCAAACGGAAAUUAACAGUCUCUGUUGUCACCGCGAUUUUCUCAUCGUCGGUGCCAUUGGCGUUGUUUAUGGUCUCUGUUGGAAUGAAGAAAAACGUGAAUUGAGUAAUACACGUAAAUGGGAAGUAAAAAUUCCACUUGAUGUAGAUGCUGUUGAAGUCCCCGAUGUGAACUUUUUAUGGCUGCGCACAGAAACGGACACCCUCUAUGCUGGUUGCGGUGACAAUAUGAUAUAUCAAAUCAAUUUAGAAGACGGACGUAUUUUAAGAGACUAUCGUGGCCAUACCGAUUAUAUACAUGGUCUAACAGGUAGUGAAAACGGCCGCAUCUACUCAGCUUCAGAGGAUGGUACUGUACGUUUUUGGUGUGAGAAACAAAAGGAACCAACUGCAAAGUUGGUACCCAGCGAUAGUGCGAAACUUAUGCGCCCUGAAUAUGGAAAGUGGAUAGGCGCUGUGGCUACUAAUGACGAUUGGCUAAUUUGUGGUGGUGGACCGAAAUUUUCCAUAUGGCAUUUGGGUACAAUGGAGUGUAUGCGUGACUUUGAUUUCUCAGGUAAGGUGCACGUCUGCGAUUUCGUUGAAGACAACCUGUUUGUAGCCGGUGAACAUAGUCAUGCACAAUUUUAUGCCAUGAAUGGUGAUAUACAGGCAAAUAUACCACUAGAGCAUACUGCUGCCUACUCGGUUGUUUGGCAAUUGGAACCGAUUAAAUUCAUGUCCAUUGCGGGUUAUAGUAAUAAAUUACAUAUUUUAAAUGAUUUUCGUUUCUUAGAUAGUAAAAUUGAUUUAUAUGGAAAUACUGAGGAAUAAGAAAACUUUUUAAAAUAAUUAAUUUUUUUUAGUAACAGUGUUUUUUUUUCAAAAGGAAGGUAAAGCGUUUACUGCUUUAUUUUCACA